AUGGUUCGAUUCGCUUCAUUCUUCAUCGUCGUCGUCGCCGCGGUUGGGGGGUUUUGUACCCCUCUUAAACGCACAGCGAACGAAAUCAAACAAGAUAUAACCAUCCUGACAUCAAAGGCGUCGGAAAUGGCAUCAAGUAUCGAUGCGUUUGUCACCCCAGACAUACGUGCAGCGCUGGCAGUGCACGUAGCCAACGGCCAGGUCAAUACAAAUUUGAAGCAAGCUACGACCCAUGCUCUGGCAACGCCUCGGCUGGAAUUGGCGGAUGCCCAAGACAUCGUCAGGCUUCUAAAAGGAAAUGUAGACGUCGAUGGGAGAGCUCUGGUCCUGUUACGGACUAAAGUCAAUUUGGUUAAGGCUAUUCCAGUUAAUGGCACCGUUGCUCUCGUCAACGGCGACCUCAUCACCACUAGCAAGGCUUUUAGCAAGUACAUUGACGCACUGAAGGCGAUAAUCCUGCACGAAGAUCAGACAAAUGCGCUCGCUGCUCUUGAAGCCAAGGCUGCUGCGGACUUCGCACGGACCGCUGCCCUGUUCGUUUGA